CUUUUAUUUGUAUAUGCUUUCAUAAGUUUUAAGGCAUCAUUUUACAUCAAAUUAAACAUAAUUUAGGUGCCUGCAUACUUGCCUUUGAAACAAGAAUGUGCGCUUUACAGGUUUAAACAUUAAGGUGAAUUUGUUAAUAAAGAAAACAGUAUAUAUAUGUCAUCAUGUGAAAUCAUAUCGAGGUGGCCCUAUAUGAAAAAACAUUUAGACUUGUGCCUUGGAAUUCGUACAGGCGCGAAUAGAGGUUCGGGCGCACCUAUUCAGAGAUCACACCUUUUUAAUAACAUGAGAUAAUAUCUUCGGGAUUUCUUAUAAGCUCUGGAUAUAUCUAGCUUGCUUGAAGUUAGCAGCAACUGACCAAGGUCAAUUCAGACCUAAUUAUUUAGCUGAAUUUCUUCACAGCGGAAUACAACGAAGCAAUACAGAAAUGAUGGACUGGACCAUGUCUUCAAGAGGCUUUACCAUUUGGUUAUUUAUAGCAUGUUUGCAAUGGAGCCUCAGUCAUGCCCAGAUAUCUGUGUCUUCAUUCAAUUGUGACUUCGACAGUGGAACGUUUUGUGGGUCUGGAGUUGCAACCUGGGAGAUCUACAGAGGAAACACUGGGGGCUCAGACACAGGACCAGACUCGGACCACACAUCCCAAGACGAACGAGGUCGAUAUGCAUCAAUCGACGCCUCUAGCAUGUCCACAUCCCAAAUUGCCACGCUCACCACUCCUAAAAUCUCUCGUGGCGCUGCCUACAGGGUGGAUUUCUACUACCAUAUGUACGGAAUUGGCAUCGGCUCACUCACUGUGUACACAAAUACCAGCGGCACAAUCAAACAGAUAUUUAAACAAGAAGGUAAUCAGGGAACGGAGUGGCAACCCGCCACUAUAACUUUAGACGUAACAGAUGAAGACUUCAACGUCAUAUUUGAGGCAAAGUCAGCUGAUGACAGUGCCACUGUCCAAUUUGGAAAUAUCGCUCUGGAUGAUAUAAGUAUUGCAGAAGUUGGGUCAGGAUGUGGUAUGAGAGAUAUCAUAUUUGCAAUCGAUUCAUCUGGAAGUAUCGGAGAUGCCAACUUUACCCUCAUCCUCGACUUUGUGGCUGGGAUCGUUCAGGAUAUUGAAAUAGGCCCGACUGCGAACAGAAUCGGUGCUAUGAGUUUCUCUAGUGAUUCGGUCAUCCGGUUCCACCUGAAUAAAUAUUUAUCUAAAACGGUGACGAUUAGGGCAAUACAGGCGAUACCCUAUGACAAAAGGGGAACUAUGACUGCAACUGCUUUGGAUAUGGCUGCAUCGAUGUUUUCAACGAAGAAUGGGGAUCGGCCAGAGGCAGAUAAUGUUGCCAUUGUGAUAACUGAUGGUCGUUCGGAUGAGCAGGGUGCUCGAGAGGCAGCCGAGAGGUUGAGGAACGCCGCAGGCGGUGUACAGGUGUUUGCCGUAGCCAUUCUAACCAAAGAAUUGAACAAGGCAGAAGUAAGAGCGAUCGCCUCUGAUCCAGAUGCUGACUAUUAUUUCGAAGUUAUGACAUUCAAAAACUUGCCAGAUAUCAAAGGAAGACUUGCUUCUGCCUCCAGUGGAUGUGAAUUUUACUGUGAAGGAUCAAAGGUUGACGUUGUAUUUGCUGUUGAAAGAAGUGUCAACGUGUCUGACAUUGAGAACAUCAUGACAUUUCUCAAGCGAACCAUGGAAGAACUGGGAGUCAGUGAGAACGAAGGUUUCAGUUUUGGAUUGAUUACAUUCUCUGGAGAAGCCAAAGUGGAAUUCAAACUUGGAGAAUUCAAUAAUUUCCCUGCCCUGAAAAAUGCCGUAGAAAAGAUCGAGGUUGGAACCGGAGGGAGGGGAACGUACAAUGCUUUGAGGCUACUACGCGAGAUGUUCACAGAGGAGAACGGCGACAGGGCAGAUGCCGCAAAUGUAGCUAUCGUACUGACCAAAGGGAUAUCAGAUGACGUUGACAACACAAUGAAUCAGGCUAGGAGACUGCAUGAUAUAGGAGUCAAGGUGUAUGCUAUUGGAGUUGGUGAGAUGGUGAAUCAUGACGAACUGAAUGCCAUAGCAACAAGCCCCGUAAAAACCCACGUCCUUAACGUAACUAAAUACGAGGAUUUGGUUGGUAUCAUAAACCCUGUCAAGGAAAGAGCAUGUUACGACACAGAAUGUCGCAAGCGUGAACUCGACUUGGUAUUUAUGGUCGAUGACUCUUCUAGUAUUAAUAGCGCUGACUACGCUCGUUGCCUUGGAUUCAUCAGAGCGGUUAUCAGCCGAUUGGAUGUAGACCCCAAGUCCACCAGAGUCGGCCUCAUCACAAUGACUGGCACGACAAUUCAUUUCAAUCUGGACACAUAUCAAACUAAGAUAGAUACGCUGAAGGCAGUUGAGGAAAUACCCAAGUCAAAUGGUUUGAGCGAUCUAAAGGCUGCAAUAUCCACUGUACGAAAUGAUAUGUUUGGUAGUAAAAGCAGGGUCAAUGUGCCCAGGAUGGUUAUAGCCCUGACUGACGGUAAACAUACUGAUAAGCAAGGCAUCGCUGAACAGGUGGCAGAGGCAAAGAGAGAAGGCGUGAUGUUCAUAGCUGUUGGUGUUGGAAACGAGGACAAUGUGGACAUGCCGACUUUGAAACUAAUCACUGGAGACGCCAGGCGUCUCUUCAUCAUUGAUGAUCAUAUGCAGCUCAGAGAUGUGGCGGCCAGGGUUACACAAAGUGCUUGCAAAGUUACUGUGUGUGAAAUCCCCGUUGAUAUCGUCUUCGCACUGUCUCGAUGUGGAAAUAUCACUGGAACUGAGUAUGCUGAUGUACUGGAGUUUGUUGGUAGUCUUGUGGAUGAGCUGGACAUUGACAGUGGUCGUGCUAGGGUCUCAAUCAUUUCUUACUGCCAGGAUGUAUCAUAUUUUGUUUACCUUAAAGACUAUUCUAGUCGUCUCGCUAUAAGAGAUAUCAUAUCUGACAUGCCAACCGAAACCUCUGGGACACCUGACCUUGUAAACGUCUUGAACAAACUCAAAAGUGAUGUGUUUAAACAGAGCAAUGGUGAUCGUUUUGGAACACACAAUGUAGCAGUGUUUAUUGCAAAGGGUGAGAACACGCAGGCCGCCAGUAGCAUCGAGGCAGCCGCAGCAGACGUUCAAGCAGCUGGCAUAGAGAUUUUCUCAGUUGCAUUCGGAAGUUCUCUUGCUGAGACAAAGUUGGAUCUUGUUGCAUCAAUACCAAAAGAAGUACAUCAGUUUCAAGUGGAGAAGGCCAACAAUCUGCCAACUAUUGAGAGAGGUUUAGCUCGUACGGCUGCUUGUCCGAGUGGGUGUGAAGGAAUUGCAGAUAUCACUUUUAUUGUUGAUAGGUCGGGUAGUAUUGGUGUGGCCGAUUUUGAAAAAAUGAAAGCAUUUCUUAUUAGUAUCGUAAAUGAUUUGGCUAUUGAUGGUGAUAAUAAAAACAAAAUAGCAGUCAUUACAUACAGCGAUACUGCAAGAUUGGAGUUUGGAUUGAGCAGUCAUGGAAACCGAGACGCUGUGAAAGAUGCAAUUACAAACUUGCCAUUUACAAGUGGAGCGACUCACACUGCGGACGCCUUACGUAUGAUGAAUGAAGAAGUCUUUACACUCACUGCCGGUGAUCGUCCUAAAGUACCAAACAUUGGUGUUCUCAUAUCAGAUGGUGUGUCCACUGUUAACGCUUGGAAUACCCCAGUGGAGGCGCUUAAAGCCAAACAAGCAGGAAUAGAAAUAUUUGCUCUUGGUAUAGGAUCGGAUUCUAUUGAGAAGGAAUUAAAUGCAACUGCUAGUGAUCCUGAUGAGAAAUAUGUGUUUAGAGUGAGAGAAGGUAUAGAUGCAUUGCCUUCUAUCAAAGCCGCUCUUGUACAAGGGAUCUGUAAUUAUCUUGAUAGCUGUGAUCCAGACCCAUGCCACGGCAAAGGGACGUGUGAGGACAACUUAUACGGAUAUGAAUGUACUUGCCAAGGAGAAUCAUCUGGAGACAGUUGUGACAAAACUUGUAACGUCCAUAGCGAUGUUGUGUUUCUGAUGGAUUCAUCCGGCAGUAUUGGUGCUGACAACUUCAUCAUAAUGAAGAACUUCAUCAAGGCUAUCGUCAACGAUCUUAAUGUGGGCGCUGGUAUGUCUCGCAUUGCGCUCAUCAGCUUUGGUUCCGAUGCUUUCAUUCACUUUUCCUUGAGCGACUAUGAUACAAAGGCGGGUGUAAUGCACGCUGUGGAUAGAAUACCAUAUACAGGUGGCGCUACCAACAUUGCCGACGCUAUACAGCUAGCAAGAUUUGGAGUCUUCAAAAAGCCUAGUGAAAUUGGCAACAAUCGAAAAAUUGCAAUCAUGAUCGGUGAUGGGAGAUCCACUGUUAACGUAAAGGACACCGUAUUGCAAGCCCGACAGGCCAGAGAUGAAGACAUUCAUAUAUUUGCAAUAGGUAUUGGUCAAGAACUGUUGAUGUCUGAGUUAAGAGGUAUUGCAAGCGAUCCAGACGAAAAAAAUAUUUUCCAGGCUGAUAACUUUGAUAUGCUCAUGAACAUCCGAACGAUACUUGUUGACCCUGUAUGUAAUUAUGUCGACGAGUGUAGCAGUUCACCAUGUCAGAAUAAUGCAACCUGCGUGGAUGGAGUAACUGGCUAUCACUGUCAAUGCAAACCUGGUUAUUCUGGAUACCGAUGUGAAAAACAAUGCGAAAAGAAGGUGGAUGUGAUGUUUGCUCUUGAUAGUUCUGGUAGUUUGGGUGUGGACAACUUUUACAAACAACUUUACUUUAUGCAGGACCUCACCAGCCAACUAGGCUAUAAUGGUGGAGAGGGAGUUCGAGUCGGCCUGUUGACCUUCUCGGAUAGAGUCACUAACGAGUUCUCAUUCGAUCGCUUCCUUGACAAAAACGCCAUUUCCAACGCUAUAGGCUCGAUACCUUACGUAAAUGGAGCAACGAAUACACAACUUGCGUUUAAAGAACUUCGUAAACAAUUUGUUCUCAAAGGACGCGGUGACGCCGACAAAAUUGGUAUCCUUAUCACAGAUGGCAUUCCCACUUGGAGUUUGAAUCGAAACCAAGACAUAGUCGAGGCAAACAUUACACGAACAGCUGGAAUAAAAGUCAUAUCAGUAGGAAUAGGAGAUGCAAUUGAGAAAAAAAGACUUGAAAAAUAUUCAUCUGAACCUAAAAAAGACAAUGUUUUCCAAGCAAAAGAUUUUGAUAGUCUAAGUAUUUUAGUCAGUGCAUUGGGAGAGAAGAUCUGCAAUGGUUUAUAGCGGAAUCACAGAGAGCAAACAAACAUUACAUGGCCUUGUUUUCUUCAUUCCAAGAUUCAAAAGAUUGAAUGAGAAGUCAACGUGUUCUAUAAAGAGAAACAACAAAUGAGAAAGAAUUUUUUGGAAUCUAAAUUGAUUCCCCUCCAUAAUGAAAUAGCUGUUUGACACUCGACGCAUGCGCAGUCAAUGCAUGAUGUCAUGACCCCCAUUUCUCUGACUCCCAUUUCUCAAAACUAUUUAUUUAAAGAUUGUGGGCUUUUGGACGUAAAGCUAACUUGAUUAUUUUGUUUUGUUCUAGUGUUAUUGAGAAUCUCUUCUUCAUAUCACCUACCUUAUAAUUCAUACAAUGUAAAUCUACAAGUAUUGUACAUAUCAUUUUCAAUCGCAAAUCGCAUAAUACUCAAUCAUGCAAAAUAAUGACCUAACACGCUUUUUCGUGUUAACGAUGUAUAAUAUGUAUUUAUAAAGCUGGCAUGUGUCAGAUCAUUUUAAGUGUAAAUACUUGAGUAUGACCUAGUUAUUUGCGGAAUACAUUUUCCUCAAAAACUUGGAACUUCCCACAGACCAAUGUUAUUUAAAGUCUAUUCAACAUUAUUACUAAAUUGUACAUAAAUCUAAAUCUUUUAUUGGUGCUACAUACUGAUUAACUGAAAUAAACUAUAAACUAUUUUAAAUAGUUUAUGUCAAUGUGUAAUCAUCAUAAUGUGAGAAUAGUUUGGUAAUAUUUUUGGGGGGAUAAAAUAAACUAUGUUCUAGUAUUUAAGUACGACAUUAAUAAUAUUUAUCUAAAUCAAACAUUUUUGUUAUAUAUUUCUUAUUUUGGAAUAGCAUAUACUUUACCAUAGUUUCAUUAAUAUUCGUGUAUUAAAGUCAAUAAACA